AUGGCUGAAGCAUCUGCUGCAGCGUCUGACACUGCAGCGACAUUACCAGAUGUAAGUGUCGUGUCCACACACGGUGACAGGGAGCAGGCGGAUUCCCCCGCCAUUUCAUCUCACACAGCAAGCAGCGCGACAACGGAUUCUGGCACGGAACCGUCAGCAACUGAAAUCGACCCGAAACGGUCUUUACAAACUCCAGUAUCAAUGGUGAAAGCGCGCGUUAGUCUACCCGGUUUCAGACAGCACAUGUGGAAGGAAGAGCACGAUGAGACAAUCGGCAAAUUUAUCUUCGAGCCAAACACUCGUCUACUCAUCUUCCACAUCGAUCCGAUCUUUGGAUUCGUCGUGGCGACUACAAUUCCCAACUACGUCGUGGACAAGUUGAUGUACUUCAUGAAGGGUGAGAGCACUGUGGUGACAGCGGAGAACUUUCACAAGGCUGUGCAGUACGGAGCAGCAGGCAGUAAAAAUCCUCUCGACAGUGUACUGCGUUUCUUGCAUUGUUUCUAUGGCCCGACGGUCUUUACCAACGAGUCGUGGCCGGAUGAUUUCAGGAAUGGAUUUUCGGUGCAUGUGCAUCGCUUUAUGAGUACGCUGACGGAUUAUAAGUACAAAAUGACAGUGCUUUACAUUCCCGACGAGGGACCUAAGAUGUGUCAACCAAAUGCGCAUAAAAUGAAGGAACUCGUAUUUCGAUUGGAAGUUGUUUUUGUCCACUGGAUUCGUCAAAUCAAGGAGAUGGUCAUCAGUCAGCAAGGCAUAGACACAUCGGAAAAUGCUGGCCCUCUCCAAGAAAUCGAGUUUUGGAAAGAAAGAUGUGACGAUCUCAGUGGACUGACAAAGCAGCUGGAGCAACCUGGCAUACAGAGAGUUAUAAAAAUUCUAGAAGCUGCAAAGUCAUCGUAUUUGACACUAUUUUACAAGUUGACAAAGCAAAUGCAGGAGGGAAGAGAAAUGGCUGCUAGCAAUCUUCGUUUCUUAUCGCUGUUGAAGGAUCCGUGUACUGAACUGGCAUCUGCUGAUCCCAAGAAAAUUCCUGAUUUGCUACCUAAUCUGUUUACUGUCAUUCGUGUGAUCUGGGUGAAUUCAGAUCAUUAUAACAGCAGAGAACUGCUCACGGGGUUAUUCAGAAAGGUGAGCAGAGAGAUCAUCAAACGAUGUGCAGCAACCAUCAAUGUAGACGACAUCUUCAAUGGACGUAUACUAUCCAGCAUGGAGAUAUUGAGAGAGAGUGUCCGUUGCUGUGAGUCUUGGAAGGAGUCGUACACAAAGACCUGUUUACUGCACAACAAAUUUUCACAAACCAAAUGGGUUUUGGACCACAACAGCAUCUUUGCUCAAGUGGAUGCAUUUGUUCAGCGAUGCAAGGAUCUCAUUGAUGUCUGUGACGGUCAGAUGCACUUUGCUCGGUGGCAAGACGGGGAGAAGAUACCACUGCCGUAUUUCCAUGGUGCUCGUGGACCAGAGAUUACACGCAACUUGCUGGAGAUUGAGACUACAUUUGACAAUAACUUAUGGAUACUUCGUAAUGUGAAGAAAACAAUUCUCGAUGUAAAAGCAACAUCGUGGCACGACGAUUACAACAAGUUUCGUCUUGGAGUGAAAGACCUGGAAGUGAUGUUUCAAAAUAUUAUCAGCUUAGCAUUUGAAACAGUAACCACCGUGGAGCACGGUGUGGAACUACUUGAUAUCUUUGUUCAUUUAUCAUCACGUGAGUCUAUACGUCGCACUUUGGAUAAGAAGACAGUAGAGGUGUGGCAGUUGUUUGAUCGUGAAUUGAUAGCUGUGAAGAAGGAACUGAAUGCAAAGCGUCCUCACCUUACUCACAUUCAGCCUCACUUUUCUGGCAUAGCCCUGUGGUCUCGUAUGCUAAAGAAACGUAUUGACAGACGAAUGGAAGUGCUCCAGAAUUCGCAUGAGUUUCUUCCACAAGCUGGAGUAGGAGAAGAGGUUCGGUCACAGUACGAUCAAUUGUCUCAGGCUUUAGAGGAGUUUGUCUCUAAAAUGUUUGAUGAAUGGGCGGCUACAGUGAGUCACGAUCAAGGGAAGAAAUUAGAGGUACCUCUGAUGGCACGCAGUAGUCUCAAGCCUCAGAUGUUAGACAUUCGAUUUGAUCCCUCCUUGCUGCGUCUUUUUGGAGAAAUUCGCUACUGGGAGCGUCUAACAUUUGAGAUACCACACUAUGCAUCAGAUGUCUUCACACGGCGUGAAGACUUGCGUGUUUUGAGGGAAAAUGUUUUGCUAGUUGCAAGGGACUACAACCGGAUCAUUGGCACUCUGACACAAGAAGAACGUGGUUUGUUCCAGGAGAGAAUCAAAUCGCUUGACAGGAAGAUAAACCCUGGACUGUCAAAGCUCACAUGGGCUGCAAGAGGCAUGGAGUUCUUUGUGUCCGAAUGUCGUGAUCAUGCUGCUCGUGUUCAGUUGGUUGUUGAUUCUUACACUGAUACAAAUCAAGCUAUCCGGAAGCAUUGCCGCACUAUUAGUGAGAUGUUACUGGUGCGCAUUGAUGGUAAGAGGAUUUACAAGAAGAAGGAGUUUGAAGAUGAUCAGGAGAAGCAUCGAUACAUGGUGAAAGACAAGCUCAAGAAGACUCAUAACAGGAUUGUUGCAGACAUGAGACAGACAUAUGAAGUGUUUCGGUCUGAUGGUAGUGAUGUGCAGAGUCACUGGUUUGCUUACACAGAGAAGAUGGACCAUCUUGUGGAGGAGGCAUUUAGACUGAAUGUCAAGUGGUCAUUGCAGGAGUUGAGUAGAGCCAUAAAUGGAGAUGGGAAAACUUCUCCAAAUCCGUUGUUUCGUGUGAUGGUUGUGCUGGAGGGAGUACAAUCACAGAAAAUUGAUUUCUUGCCUACAUUGGAAUUACUGUCUCAAAUGGUUACCAAUGUAGCCAGAGGACUGACAACCUGUACUGGCGAUAUUCUACGACUACCUGACUUGCUGACCAAGUCUCGAUCUCAGAAAGAGGCCAUUUUUUCUGUUAUUGAGAAAGAUGAGGAAAUAAAGAAGGUUCAACAAAAUAUUGAAGCUGGCUUAGUGGCAAAUGCCACACAUCUAGUUGACUACUUACAAACAUGGCAUCCAUACCGUGAGAUUUAUGAGGUUUCAAAAGAUGCAUUUAUUCGACGAUAUCAAAGGCUUGGUCCACCUGUGUCAUCAUUUGAUGGUGACAUUCACAGGUAUUCAGAAGUCUCUAACAACGUUCAGAAAGAGGAUACAGUGUUGAACAUUGAAUUUGUUUUGUUGGACUGUUCUCCACUGAAAGCAGCAUUGGUGCAACAUUGUAAUGAGUGGCAAAACAAAUUCACAAAUCUUCUGUUGGAGAUGGCAACAAGUCAGUUGAACGAUCUUCACGACUAUCUUAGCGGCAAUGCAAGAAAGUUGAGGGUUCUGCCGAAAACGUUGGAUGAUCUAGGAGAUAGCUUAGCACUGUUGGACAAGAUGCAGUCUGAAGUGGAGGCAACUGAGAAGAAAUUCUCUCCUCUCCAUGAACAAUUUGCCAUUCUGGAUAAAUACGAAGUUGCUGUACCAGAACAGACACGUGACACGUUAGACAAUCUGCACAGUGAAUGGCUGAUGUUUCAGCAAUGUAUUCUCGACUCAGAUGCUAUGCUAAAGAAGCACAAGGAACAGUUUAGGAGCAAUUUGCUUCAUUCUGCUGAAGAAUUCAAGAAAACUGUGACAGUUGUGUGUGAUGAGUUUGCCUCAAAAGGUCCAUUUACUAGUACUGUACUUAUACCUGAGGCUCAAGAGUUUGUUGUCCAAGCUCGCACACAGCUAAGUAGUUUGAAAGUACAGGAGGCAGACUUGAGGCGCGGUCUAUCAAUCUUUAAAAUUGAACAUCCACCAUCAAAGGAGCUGCAGAACUUUGACAGAGACCUUGACUUCCUUGAGGCAGUCUGGGAAUUGGUUCAUGAGUGGGAGAUGUCUUGGGACAAAUGGAAGCAAGGAAAGUUUGCAGAACUGGUGACUGACGAGAUGGAGAUGAAUGCUCAAGGCAUGUUAAAAAGGUGCAUUCGGUUGAGUCGUGAACUAAAAGAGAAGAAUUGGGAAAUCGUUGAGAAUCUUCGAGGUCGUAUAGACCAGUUUAAACGCACCAUGCCACUUGUUCAAUCAUUGAAGAACCAAGCAAUGCGAAAGAGGCAUUGGAUGCAGCUAAAGGAUGAAGUCCAAAAGCCAUUCGAUGAGAAUAGCGAGGAUUUCACAUUGGAAAAGAUUAUUGAACUUGGUCUUGAUCAGUUCUCAGAUACUAUUGCUGAUAUAUCAAGCGCUGCAAGCAAGGAGCUGUCUAUUGAACAGGCUUUGAACACUAUUAGAGACACUUGGUAUUCCAUCUUACUGGACAUUGUGCCAUACAAGGACAGAGGACAUUUCAAACUCAGGGCACCUGAUGAUAUUUUUCAGACACUUGAAGACAACCAAGUAACUUUAUCCACUAUGAAAGCUUCACGGUUUGUGAAACCAUUUGAAGAGGAAGUUGAUUUAUGGGAACGAAAGCUGUCUCAUAUUCUUGAGUGUAUUGAACUUCUACUUACAGUGCAGCGUCAGUGGAUGUACCUGGAGAACAUAUUCCAGGGUGAUGACAUUCGAAAACAGUUGUAUGAAGAAACAAAUAAGUUUGACGAAGUUAAUAGUAACUGGAAAAAGAUCAUGACAGGAUUGGACAAAGAGAGAAAUGCUUUGAAAGGAACUCACAAAGAAGGUGUUCUUGAGACUUUGACUGCAAUGAACCAUGAGCUAGAAGAGAUUCAGAAAUCUCUUGACUUGUACUUGGAGACAAAACGGAAUGUAUUUCCUCGUUUCUACUUUAUAUCUAAUGAUGAUCUGUUGGAAAUACUUGGUCAGUCAAAGAAUCCAGAAGCUGUGCAACCACACCUUAAGAAGUGCUUUGACAACAUCGUUCGGUUGAAGCUUCACAAAGUGCGGGAUCGAAAUGAGACCUCUUCUAUGACAUCCAGUGAUGGUGAAGAGGUUGAGUUUCAGCAGGUUGUAAUGCUGGAGGGACCAGUUGAGUCAUGGCUGGGAGAAGUUGAACGGCACAUGAGAUUGACACUAAAAGAAGUUCUGAAGGCAUGCAAGGCAGCACUGAAGAAGCAGACAAGUAAAAGAGAUAAAUGGGUGAAAGAAUGGCCUGGACAGAUGCUUAUCACUGCUAGUCAAAUUCAAUGGACAGCAGAUUGUACCAAGGCCUUGAAAUCAGCAAAGGAGAAAGGUGAUAAGAAAGGGCUGAAGAGCCUAAAGAAGAAGCAGAUUGCUAUGCUUGAUAAGUUGUCAGAGACACUUCGUGGGAAUCUCACCAAGCUGCAACGUUUGAAGGUGGUAGCAUUGGUUACAAUUGAGGUUCAUGCUCGGGAUGCCAUAGAACGUUUGAUCAAAAAUGGAUGUGCGGAUGUUAACGCAUUUGAUUGGCUCAUGCAGCUGAGACUUUACUGGGAAGAGGGAAUCGAUGAUUGCAUUGUCAGACAAACUAACACACAGUUCCGUUAUGGUUAUGAGUAUCUUGGCAAUUCAGGCAGAUUGGUAAUCACCCCAUUGACUGAUCGUUGCUACAUGACUCUUACCACAGCUUUGCAUCUACAUCGAGGUGGAAGCCCAAAAGGACCGGCAGGUACUGGUAAAACAGAAACAGUCAAGGAUUUGGGAAAGGCGCUAGGUGCAUACGUAAUUGUCGUCAACUGCUCAGAGGGAUUGGAUUACAAGAGUAUGGGACGGAUGUUUAGUGGUCUGGCACAAACGGGUGCUUGGGGCUGCUUUGAUGAAUUCAAUCGUAUCAACAUCGAAGUGUUGUCAGUCGUUGCUCAACAGAUUCUAUCCAUCUUGCAGGCUCUUGCUCGUAGUGUUGAAACAUUUACAUUUGAAGGGCGUGUAAUCAGCUUGGUUUGGUCAUGUGGGAUAUUUAUCACAAUGAAUCCUGGGUAUGCUGGACGGACAGAGCUACCUGACAACUUGAAGAGCAUGUUUCGACCAAUAUCCAUGAUGGUGCCAGAUUCCAAGUUCAUUGCUGAAAUUAUUUUGUUUGGUGAAGGCUUUAACGACUGUAAGGUUCUCUCCAACAAAGUGUACACACUCUAUUCACUCGCUCUUCAACAGCUCUCUCAUCAGGAUCAUUACGACUUUGGCCUGCGAGCCCUUGUUUCUGUUUUGCGAUACGGCGGUCGAAAGAGACGUACUAAUCCUAACAUGCCACAGGAGGAAGUCCUUCUCUUAGCUAUGAAAGACAUGAACGUAGCUAAGUUGACUUCUGUUGACUUGCCACUGUUUAAUGGUAUCGUUUCCGAUCUCUUCCCUGGAAUUGAAACUCCAGUGCUUGACUACAGCAAGAUGUAUGGUGCUGUCAAGGCAGAGCUAAAGCUUGAAGGACUGCAAGCAACUGAUAUUACGUUACUAAAAGUUAUUCAGCUGUUUGAGACGAAGAAUUCACGUCAUUCAACUAUGAUUGUUGGCGAGACGGGCUCAGGGAAAUCUACCGUUUGGCGAACUUUGCAGAAAGGUUUAACGCGUUUGCACAAGGAGCAUGAAGAUGAAAACAGACGAGAGAGAAAGGAUGUCGCCAAUCCGUGGCACCGUGUGCAUAGUUUUCCUAUCAAUCCUAAAGCUGUAAGUCUUGGGGAAUUGUAUGGUGAAUUCGAUUUGUCUACUGGUGAAUGGACCGACGGUAUCUUAAGCACAGUAAUGCGCCAAGCGUGUGCUGACGAGCGCCCUGAUCAAAAGUGGAUUCUGUUUGACGCUCCAGUUGACACGUUGUGGAUUGAGUCGAUGAACUCAGUCAUGGACGACAACAAGAUUUUGACUCUGAUUAAUGGCGAGCGAAUCAGCAUGCCGGAACAAGUGAGUUUGCUCUUUGAGACUCAAGAUCUUGCAGUAGCGUCUCCUGCUACGGUCAGUCGUUGUGGUAUGGUGUACUUGGACUCGAGUGACUUGGGUUGGCGACCGUUUGUGACAUCAUGGCUGCAGAAGCGGAAAGAUCAGCAAUUGGCUGAACACUUGCAAAGGUUGUUUGACAAGUUUAUCGACAAACUGUUGUUGUUCAGACGUAAAUCGUGCAAGGAGUUGGUCCCUACAUCACAACUCAACUCAGUUGUCUCACUAUGCACGCUGUUUGACUCAUUAGCAACUCCAGAGAAUGGGGUGAACCCUGAUGAUCCAGAGAACUAUCUCCGUAUAGCUGAGUUAUGGUUCCUUUUUUCAAUGAUCUGGUCAGUUUGUGCGUCAGUUGAUGAGCAGAGUCGUAAGAAGAUGGACAACUAUGUUCGAGAACUAGAAGGCCAAUUUCCCAGCAAAGAUACUGUUUAUGAGUAUUACGUUGAUGUAAAACAAAAGGGCUGGUCUUUAUGGGAGGAGAAGCUGCGAUCCGGAUGGCGCUACAACUCUGCCUUACCAUUUUACAAAAUUAUGGUACCGACGGUUGACACUGUUCGCUAUGAUUUUAUUGUCUACAAUCUCAUCAGUGCUGGGAGACCGGUACUUCUUGUUGGACCAGUUGGAACUGGCAAGACAUCUGUUGCCCAGAAUGUUUUGUCAAAGCUGGACACGAGAGCGUACGGUGUUGUAAUGAUCAAUAUGUCUGCUCAGACAUCAUCGAUAAAUGUACAGGAAAUUAUUGAAAGCAAGGUGGAGAAGCGAACUAAAGGUGUUUUUGUUCCGGUCGGUGGAAAGAAAUUGAUAGCGUUCUUGGACGAUUUCAACAUGCCAGCGAAAGACACAUUUGGGUCACAACCGCCUCUUGAAUUACUACGAAUGUGGCUCGAUUACGGUUUCUGGUAUGAUCGGCAGAAGCAAAUAAAGAAGGAAAUUCGGGACAUGUUUUUAUUAGCUGCCAUGGGUCCUCCUGGUGGCGGUAGGCAGGUUAUAUCAAGGCCAUUUCAGAGUCGGUUUAAUCUUAUCAACAUGACUUUUCCUCACGAGAGCCAGAUUAGACGAAUAUUUGGAACUAUGAUCAAUCAGAAGCUUCAGGACUUUGAGGAAGACGUCAAACCAAUAGGCGACGUGAUGACGCAAGCAACCGUUGAAAUAUAUGAUAUGAUCUCAACACGCAUGCUUCCUACACCCACCAAGAUUCACUACCUAUUCAACCUCCGAGACAUUUCGAAGGUCUUCCAAGGUCUUCUUCGAGCACAUAAAGACUACCACGACACUAAAGCUGCAAUGACUCGUUUGUGGGUUCACGAAUGCUUUCGCGUCUUCUCAGAUCGACUCGUUGAUGAAAGAGAUUCAUCUGCAUUUAAAGAUAUGCUGAACGAAAAGCUGGGCACUCUGUUUGACGUCUCGUUUUACAAUCUGUGUCCCAACAAACAGUCUCCGAUAUUUGGAGACUUCUUGCGAGCUGACAAUCCCGUAUAUGAAGACAUCGCCGAUUUGAAACAACUCAAAACAUUUAUGGAGAACUCGCUGGAAGACUAUAACAAUACUCCAGGCAUCAUUGCAAUGGAUCUAGUGCUAUUCAGGGACGCCAUUGAACACGUGUGUCGUGUUGUUCGUGUGAUACGCCAGCCGCGAGGCAACAUGUUGCUUGUCGGCAUUGGUGGCAGCGGACGGCAGAGCCUCUCUCGUUUGUCUGCUUACAUACUGGAAUACAAAGUCUUUCAAAUUGAGAUCUCCCGCCACUACCGGAGGACAGAAUUUAGAGAAGAUCUGAAAAAGUUGUAUUAUAUUGCCGGUGUUGAGAACAAGCCGACUACCUUUUUGUUCACUGACACGCAGGUGGUUGAGGAGAGUUUCCUUGAGGAUAUCAACAAUAUUCUAAGCAGUGGAGAAGUGCCAAAUCUGUACAAGCCUGAAGAAUUUGAAGAGGUUCGUUCUGCUCUUUCCGAUGACGCUAAACGAGACGGUAUUGUUGAUGUACCUGAUCUGGUGUUUGCCUAUUUUAUUGACCGUGUCAGAAACAAUCUACACGUCAUUCUUUGUAUGAGCCCUGUCGGGGAGCCAUUUCGCAAUCGCAUUCGUCAGUAUCCCGCAUUUGUGAACUGCACGACUAUUGACUGGUUUAGUAAAUGGCCUAAAGAUGCUCUUAUGGAAGUAGCAGAACGUUAUUUGGAAGAUGUAAAUGUUGGGAAGGGAGAUGAUGCCAUAGAGUUGAAGAAGAAUUUGGCUCAGAUUUUUGUUACCGUACAUAGUUCAGUAAUAUCAGUUUCAAAUGACAUGCUGCUGGAAAUGAAACGUUACAACUAUGUAACACCAACAAACUACUUGGAAUUAGUAUCAGGAUACAAGAGGCUACUUGAAGAGAAGCGAAAGGAACUUGGCGAUGCUGCUAACAAGCUGAAGAACGGCCUCUCCAAACUGGUUGAAACGAGAGAGAAAGUCGAGGCAAUGUCUGUCGAAUUGCAAGAGGCUAAAAUCAAGGUGGCAGAAUACCAGAAACAAUGCGAAGAAUACCUAGUGGUUAUUGUACAGCAGAAACGAGAAGCAGAUGAGCAGCAAAAGUCUGUUGGUGCACGAAGUGAGAAGAUCGCAGAGGAAGAAACUGAAUGCAAGAAGAUUGCAGAUAACGCACAGAAAGAUCUGGAGGCAGCUCUUCCUGCUCUUGAAGAAGCAGUCAAAGCACUUGAGGCAUUGAACAAGAAGGAUUUGACUGAAAUCAAAUCAUACGGCAACCCUCCUGAACUUGUCGGUCGUGUAUUGCAAGCUGUAAUGAUUCUUCGAGGAGCUGAACCAACUUGGGCAGAAGCGAAACGCCAGCUGGGUGAUCCCAACUUCAUCAAACAGUUGAUUAACUUUGAUAAAGAUAACAUGUCUGAUCGCAUGCUGAAGAAAGUUGGAGGAUAUACGGCACAGUCAGACUUUCAACCCGACAUUAUUGGACGAGUGUCAUUUGCAGCACGCUCUUUGAGCUUGUGGGUAAAGGCAAUGGAGGUGUAUGGUCGGAUAUUCAGAGUUGUGCAGCCCAAGCGCGAGAGACUAGCAGCUGCUACUAAGAAGCUGGAGAAGGCACAAAAUUUGUUGGCUGAAGCGAAGGCUAAAUUGCAGGAGGUGCAAGACAAGAUCGAAGAGCUCAAGAAACAAUAUGACGAGAAGUUGGCUCAAAAGGAUCAACUGAGACAGAAAGCAGCAGAGACAGAGUUAAAGUUGGAUCGUGCUGGUAAACUCGUAUCUGGAUUGGCUGGUGAGAGGGAUCGGUGGGAAGUGAGUGUUGGAGAGCUCGAAGAACAGAUUGGUUAUCUGGUUGGUGACUGUCUCAUUGCAUCGGCUUGUCUCUCAUACAUCGGUCCAUUUCUCAGCAAUUAUCGAGAUCAGCUGGUUCAGAAGACGUGGCUACAACAAGUACGCGAACUAAACGUCCCUUGCAAUCCAGAAUUUAGUUUUUCCUCUUUUCUGUCUCGUCCUACAACGGUUCGUGAAUGGAACAUUCAAGGGCUGCCUUCUGAUGCAUUUUCAACUGAGAAUGGAGUGAUUGUCACCAGAGGUAGUCGAUGGCCACUUAUGGUAGACCCUCAGGGACAGGCUAUAAAAUGGGUGAAAAACAUGAACAGCGACAAGAGUCUGAAGAUUAUCGAUCUUCAGCAACCAGACUUCCUUCGCACUUUGGAGAAUGCAGUUCAGUUUGGCACUCCUGUGCUUCUGCAAAAUGUUCAGGAGGAACUUGAUCCAUCUUUAGCUCCUGUCCUCAACAAAUCGUUUGUCAAAGUUGGUGGACGCCUUCUUAUUCGCAUGGGUGAUAAGGAAGUGGAAUAUAAUCCUGAAUUCAAAUUUUACAUUACAACCAAAUUGAGUAAUCCUCACUAUACUCCAGAGACCUCCACUAAGACAACAAUCGUCAAUUUUGCUGUUAAAGAGCAAGGUCUUGAGGCUCAGCUUUUAGGUAUCGUUGUUCGCAAGGAAAGGCCUGAUUUGGAAGAGAAGAAGAGUGAGUUAGUAGUAAACAUUGCUAGUGGGAAAAGAAGACUCGAAGAGCUUGAAGACGAGAUUCUCCUCCUCCUCAGUACUGCACAAGGAUCCUUACUGGAUGAUGAAAAGCUAGUCGAAACUCUUCAAUCUUCAAAAACCACAGCUCUUGAAGUGGCCGAACAGCUGCAAGUUAGUGAGCAGACAGAAGCAAAGAUUGACGUCGCUAGGGAGGGAUAUCGGUCUUGCGCACAGCGUGCUUCUAUUUUGUUUUUUGUCUUGAAUGAUAUGGGACGCAUCGAUCCAAUGUACCAAUUCUCUCUCGAUGCCUACAUUGAUUUGUUUGUAAUGUCGAUAGACAAGAGUCAGAAGAGCACCAAAUUGGAGGAGAGAAUCAAAUCGCUAAAUGACUACCACACCUAUGCGGUUUACAGGUACACAUGCCGGGGUCUGUUUGAACGUCACAAACUGCUCUUUUCCUUCCAAAUGUGUGCAAAGAUUCUGGAAGGAGCAGGCAAAUUGAACAUGGAGGAAUACAACUUCUUUCUGCGAGGAGGAAUUGUGCUUGAUCGGGAAACGCAGAUGGAUAAUCCCUGUGGCAGCUGGUUGCCUGAGGCAUGUUGGGAUAAUGUCACCGAACUUGACAAACUUUCGAGUUUCCAGGGGCUCACAAACUCGUUUGAGCAGAAUGGCAGAGGGUGGAGUGCUUGGUACAGGACAGCUGACCCUGAGAUGGCCACACUUCCUGGUGAUUGGGAGAACUCACUGAAUGAACUACAGCGAAUGCUCAUUGUACGGUCUCUCCGCUCGGAUCGUGUCCAGUUCUGUGCUACUUCAUUUAUUGUGAACAAUCUGGGUCCGAAAUUUGUUGAACCACCAGUGCUCGAUAUGAAGUCAGUUGUAGACGAUUCUAACUGCAAGACACCGCUGAUCUUCGUUCUCUCACCGGGAGUUGAUCCUACUUCGGCAUUGCUACAGUUGGCUGAACAGUCAGAUAUGACUGACCGUUUCAGUGUUUUGUCACUUGGACAAGGUCAGGCACCAUUGGCCACUAAAUUGUUCAAGACUGGAGUCGACAAAGGUAGAUGGAUUUUCUUGGCUAAUUGCCAUCUCUCGCUUAGCUGGAUGCCUACUUUGGACAAACUCAUUGAAGAACUGCAGACAAGAGGGAUAAAAGAUGGGGGAACUGGACAAAGUGAGGGAGUUGGACUUCAUAGAGACUUUCGACUGUGGCUCAGUAGCAGUCCACAUCCAGACUUUCCCAUCUCAAUUCUACAGGCGGGAAUUAAGAUGACAACAGAACCACCAAAGGGUUUGAAAGCGAACAUGAAACGAAUGUACCAGUUGGUGACCGAAGAACAAUUUGAAAAAUGUCGCAAACCAGAGAAAUACAAGAAGCUGCUGUUUUCGUUGGCAUUUUUUCACAGCGUGCUCAUUGAACGCCGCAAAUUCGGCAUGUUAGGAUGGAACGUCAUGUAUGGUUUCAAUGACUCUGAUUUUGAGGUUUCUGAGAAUUUACUCAGCCUCUAUCUUGAUGAGUAUGAGGAGACUCAGUGGGAAGGACUGAGGUUUUUGAUUGCUUCAGUAAACUACGGCGGUCAUGUGACUGAUGAUUUAGAUCGAAGGCUUUUGUCAACAUACAUGAAUGAAUUGUUUUGUGAAGCAGCUCUCAAUAGUUCCUUCUACAAACUUUCAUCCCUUCCAACUUACUAUAUUCCAAGAGAUGGCCCUCUCAACUUCUACAGGGACUACAUUCAUCAACUGCCGAACAUUGAUCAUCCUGAAGCAUUUGGACAGCAUCCCAAUGCUGACAUCGCCAGCCAGAUAAGAGAAACUAGAGAACUCUUUGAGACGUUAUUGUCUCUUCAACCUCAGAUCACGGUGGCUGAAGGAGCAAGCAGUGAAGAUAAGGUUCUUGAACUUGCUGCUGAGGUCCAAAGUAAGCUGCCUGAGGAAAUCGAUUACGAGCAGACAGCUAAGCUUUUGGCUGAUGAUCCAUCACCUCUAAAUGUUGUCCUUUUACAAGAGAUCGAACGCUACAAUGCAUUGAUUGUUACCAUCCGCCUCUCUCUUGUUGAACUAGAAAAGGCAAUCAAAGGUCUGGUUGUGAUGUCAUCAGAGCUAGAGGAGACAUUUUCAUGUAUUCAUGAUGCUCGUGUUCCUCCCAUGUGGGCGAAGACUUAUCCAUCUUUGAAAGCUUUGGGUCCUUGGACGAGAGAUUUACAGCACCGUGUCGAACAGUUUGCAGAAUGGGCAAAGACGACUCGGCCACCGCACAUCUUUUGGUUGUCUGGCUUUGCGUUUCCUAGUGGUUUCCUGACUGCAGUAAUGCAGAAGGCUGCAAGAGAAAACAACGUAUCCGUCGACAAUUUGUCAUGGGACUUUCAUGUAUCACCCCUAGAUGAUAGUAAUAUCACUGGACCUCCAAAGGAUGGUGUUUGGGUACGAGGUCUGUAUCUCGAAGGUGCAGGUUGGGAUAAGAAGGGGAGUGUUUUGGUUGAGGCGAAGCCGAUGGAGCUUGUGUGUCCUGUACCAUCUAUACAUUUCAAACCAGUUGAGAACAAGAAGAAAGGCGGUAAAGGUGUCUACUCAUGUCCAUGUUACUAUUAUUCUAACCGCUGUGGUACAAGUGGCUGGGCAUCCUACAUAGUGUCAGUCGAUCUGAAGGUAGGAUCAUUCUCAGCUGACCAUUGGAUCAAACGAGCUGUUGCGUUACUUAUGAGUCUCGAUUAUUGAAUGGUAUUAGUGGGUUUCACUGUGGUGUGUAUUUGAUGUAGUCUGAACUAGUUAGCUUGUGACAUGCUGUAGUAUUAUUGUAUGACACUACAGUUGCAUUUCAUGGAGUUGGGGACUUGCAUACGUUUCAUUACCAUUCAUUUGUUAUUAUUGCCACUGUGUUUGAGGAGUACGAUUGUCAGACAGACAAAGAUGAUUGGGUCAGAAU